AAACACUGGAGCCGAAAAUCUGCCGAGGUUGCUGUUGGCGCUGCACGAUUGCUAUCAUCGUUUAGAUUAAAAGCCUGAAGAAAAGCCUGAAUGCAUUCGGAAUAAUAGAAGCAGUGGGGUGAAUCCCCAGUGUUUGCUGAGCAUGAGCAUGGAGGAUUAUGAUUACUUAUUCAAAAUUGUGCUGAUUGGAAAUGCAGGAGUGGGCAAAACCUGCCUCGUCCGACGCUUCACUCAGGGGCUCUUCCCUCCUGGACAAGGUGCCACCAUUGGAGUUGAUUUCAUGAUCAAAACAGUGGAAAUAAAAGGAGUGAAAGUGAAGGUGGCGGUUCUUAAUACUGUUCCUCGCGUCCCCCUGCUUUGCACACGCUCUGCAUCUCUCUCUCUCUCUCUCUCUCUCUCUCUCUCUCUCUCCUUAAUCAGGAUAAAACUGUAUAUUAAAAGCUCCUACGACAUCACCUGUGAAGAUUCCUUCCGGUGCCUUCCUGAGUGGCUGAGGGAGAUCGAGCAGUAUGCCAACAACCAAGUAGUGACAAUCUUAGUAGGGAAUAAGAUAGACCUGGCCGAUAAGCGAGAAGUCCAUCGGCAGCGAGCAGAGGAGUUUGCGGAGGCGCAGAGCAUGCUUUAUCUGGAGACCUCUGCCAAAGAAUCGGACAACGUGGAGAAGCUCUUUCUGGAUCUGGCCUGCAAACUGAUCCGCGAGGCCAAGCAAAACACGUUGGACAACAACGACUCCACUGCCAUGCCUGGAGAAGGGAAAAACAUCAAUUACUUGAGCUGCUGCAGCAUGAACUAGUAGACUUGGCCACUCUGUCUGGCUGAGGGGGGCAACAUGGAUUGCAUACAAAGUGGUUGUAUUGUUGGUAACCACUGUGUAGUUGCAGUGGUUACUGUUUUCCACUGUUGUCGAAGUCUAGUUCUUUUACCAUUCUUAAAUCCCUGGGUAUUUUAAAACAUUCUGAAAAAAACACAAUAUCAAGAUGAUGCUGCUUUUAAAGGUGGGUCUGAAGCUCCGAGAUGCUUUUGGCCAGAUAAAAGGGCCUUGUUAUACAAAAAUGCUUGCUGAUAGGUCAGACAAUGAGAUUUUCUACACUCAUGUACAAUGCAAAAGUUGGGAUUUCCCUGCUGACUUGAGAGCCAAUGUAUUUGUCAUAUUAGAGAUUUGAAAAAGAAAUGAGAAUGCAGAUCUUCAUCAGCAAUCUUACUCACUUGAAGGACUAGUUCAUCCAAAAAUAAGCAUUCCGUCAUCAUUUACGUACCCUCAUGUUGUUCCAAACCCAUAUGACUGACUUUUUCUGUGGAACUCAAAAGAAGAUGUUUUGAGGAAUGUUCAUGAAGCUCUUUUCCAACCGAAAGUAUGCAGUGACCAAAGCAGUCCAUAUGACUUGUGCAUUAUAUUCCAAGUCUUCUGAAGCCAUAUGAGGCUUACGGGUUUGAAAUGACAUUAGGGUGAGUAAAUAAUGACAGAGUUAUUAUUUUAGGAUGAACUGCUCCUUUAAGACUCAUUGCCACAAAAUUGGUGUGUUUGUGUGCACAUUUAUUAUUCGCACAAAAUGCACUUCUUGAUUGCUUGCGAGAUUGUUUGAGGUUGCUUAUGCAUGCGUUUUUUUUUUUUAAACGGAGAAGUCAAUAAUGCAAACAGACAGCCAGCUCCCUUAAAUAAUCUGUGACAGGAAGAUGUGAAGUAAAACCACCAUUUGUCAGGUAUUCAGUUUAUAAGAAUAUAAACUCCCCUUACUGCUUGCAUGGUAGUUUGGUUGUUAAUACUCAAUGAAGGCCAUGUCAUUUUGAGAAGUCAUAGCAAAAACCCAAUGUGCCUCUGCCAUUUGCAUCCUGUCGUCAUACAUUACAUAGCACUGGGGAAUCUCAUGGAGCACAUGUUUGGGUCAUAUUUAACCCAAAAAUAUCACUUUAACCGGGUCGAUAUAUUAGUUUGGAUGUUUUAAUAUAGUUUAUUUCAAGGAUGAUUCUCAUUAGACUCCCAGUACUGCAAAAUAAUACUGCCCAGUCACAAUUAUAUUUUUUAAGAUUUUUAUUAUUUUCACUGUACAACAUACAGUAUACUCCCGUAAUGUAUACACACUUUGCAG